UUUAAAAUUUAAAUGAAAAUGGCGCCAUCGCCGGUGGUACGAACUUAUCCUCUUUCAAGCUACUCUUUUGACACCAAAAUGGAGAAACAUAAAUCUAUCAUCAAUCCCAUCACCCGCCUGGAUUCCAUUUACAAAACGGAAGGUAUUCGGAGAAUUGUGGAGGGAAUUUUAUUGGUACAUGAGCACAAUCAUCCCUAUAUUCUUCUUUUGAAAGUUGGAACUGCAUUCUAUAAACUUCCAGGUGGCAAGUUAGAGGCAGGGGAGAGUGAAAUCAACGGCUUGAAAAGAAAACUAUCUAGCAAACUCGGUCCCGAUCCACCUUCUCCUCAGCCAGAUUGGCAGAUUGGUGAGUGUGUUGGUGUUUGGUGGAGAACCAACUUUGAAACCUCUGCUGUGUACCCGUAUUGCCCCCCGCACAGAACAAAGCCCAGGGUAAGAUCAAAGUUACGCACGGUACCUUGUCUUGUAAUGAACGAUUCCUUUUUUCACGCAGUCGAUUCACCUUUUUUUUUCUUUCAUUCGGCAUGCAGGAAUGCAGGAAACAAUUUGUUGUUCAGCUACCCGAACGAGAGUAUUUUGUUGUGCCCAAGAACCUUCAGCUUGUUUCCGUUCCAUUUUAUCAACUAUACGACAAUGCUCAGGUACUAGAAAAUUUAAUAAACAGUUACUAAAGUUCCACC